AUGCCUAAGCGACUGCCUCGCAACGCAGCACCAAUACCUUUUCCUUCUUCAGGUCGCUCCCACACCUACCUCUCCACUUCACCAGCCUCAUUCACGUCCGAUCAAUACCCAUCGCUUGGCCAAUGGUCCGAUCAGGUUGACAUUCCAACGCGUUCUCCUUCUUCCUACAGCGAGAUAGAGGUCGUCCUUGAUGAUGGCACCCUCCAAAAACGCACUGUGUCAUUAUCCACUGUACCUGAGCCCCUUUCUCCGACGCAUGAAGAUUUCAACGCCAACGAUUAUUCUGCAGAUGAAAUGGUAUCACAGCAACAGCACCAGUCGACAUCAUUCAAAAACCCAAAGGAUCAAUCAAGUGAGACAACGCCAUUGUUGCAGGGCAGUAGUGCUGGUGAAACAACCUACAAUGCUGUUUCAGAAUCAAGCGCAUCAACCACCGAGAGCGAUUCCGACACGCCAUUUUUCCCUGCUACAUCCAAAAAGAGCCACAAGCAUCAACAACAUCAUUACAACCCUCUACCCGAUAAGCCAUCCAUAUGGAAAAGAGCAAAGGAUACCAUCACUCAUUGGGAACUCACCACUGCACAACGACAAGUACUGAAAUGCAGCUUUGCUUAUUUCUUGGGAUCUCUUUUUACCUUUGUACCUAUGCUCAAUGCCCUGAUUGGGAACAAUCGUGUAUCAAGCCACCUGGUUGCCACGGCUACUGUAUUUUUCAACCCUGCAAAAUCACUUGGGGGCAUGGUCGAGGCUGCUGCUUAUGGAUGGGGCUAUACCCUUUCUGCCACAGCCGUUUGUUUGGGUUCCAUGGUGACAACAGAUUUCUUCAUUGAUCACGGAUAUGACGUUGUUGCUCACACGUUAUCGCUCUUGCUUUGGCUCGCUGGUCCAACCGCCGUGAUUGCAUUCUUCAAAGCACAUUGGAAUAAACCACCCGUGGCCACAGCAUCGAGUCUUUGCUUUAUCAUCAUCUUCAUCAUUGUCGUAAGGGAAGGAUCAGCAAAUCGUGGCGAUUUUGAUACGACAAGGAUCGAACAGAUUGUAUCAGCCGUGGCUACAGGGACCGUGAUUACAGUUUCAUGUUGCAUCAUCUUUUGGCCUUAUUCGGCAGCAAAGAAAUUAAACAAGGACCUUGAAGCAACGUUAUCAUCGUACCAGGUGCUCUUGAAACUCUUAACCAAAACCUUUCUCCUUGACGACGACCUCCCUGAAUUCAAAGCAAACAAAACCCUACAAACGGCUAUCGAUUCACACCGUGCAAGUUUUACAUCAUUGCAAAAGUCGCUUUCAGACGCAAAGUUGGAAGUCAUGUGGAAUCGCCAAAUUCGUGGUCGUGUCGGGGAAUACGAGGAUAUUGUCAAAAGCAUGCAACGUUUGGCACAACAUGUUGCUGGUCUUCGUAGCAGCUGUGGUAUCCAAUUUGAACGAAUGUGCAACGAGUUACAAGGUUCCUGGAAGGGGCUUAAAAAGGCAAAGAAGUCAAAGAAAAAAUCCAGCAAUGGCGGUUUGCAAGAGACCUGGAGUAUUCGUGCUGGCUAUCGACGUAGACUUCUUGAAAAUGAGAUGCGACGACAAAAGAAUAUCGAGUUGGAUGCUGCUGCUGCUGAAAGCACCGAGACAGCCGUGGCUGGAGCUGCAGACAUGAAGCGCACGCAUAGCCAUGCAUCCUCUGAUCAUCUCAACGAUAGCGAGCUGGAGACUGAAAGCACCGCACUCCUUGAUUUUAUUCGCACAAUCAGACAGCCGCUAAAGUCACUCGCAUACACGUGCAAACAGACAUUGUAUCAUUUACGGCGUGAUUUCACCACCACACCUAUAAGCAAAAAAUCUUCACCCUCUUAUCAGACCUUGGCAACCAAUCUUGAAAAAGCAAUCGCCUUGUUUGAAAUGUCACAGCUACAAGCGGUUCAAAAGACAUAUCAACAACGUCUCCAAAAACGAUGCAAGGAUGGAAGUAUUGAUAUGCCAGGAGAGGAUCUUUAUUUGGUGUACUUUUUCGUUUUCAACAUGAUUGAAUUUGCUCGUGAGAUGAUCACCUUGGUGGAGUGUAUACGGCGUUGGUCUGAAGCUGAGGAGCGUGCAAGCAAGAUACAUUGGUGGCAAUUCAAGCUUUAUUCAGGCAAACGCUCUAACUCCAAGAAGGAUGUAUCCAUCGACAGCUUUGUCCCAAAUGACCGCAACAGUAGAAAUACAUUACAUACUCCGGAGCCAAAGACAGCAUGGCGAAGAUUCUUUUUAAGAACAUGGAGAACAUUAUCACUACUAAAACAGCAAAAGGUGCGAUACGCUACAAAAUGUUCGAUCGCAGCCACACUACUAGCAGCACCAGCAUUCAUGGAAAGUACAGCCGAAUGGUUUCGCGCUUGGAGAAUGGAAUGGGCUUUGAUUACUUUGAUGGUUGUGAUGACGCCUACCGUUGGUGGUACCAACUUAGUAUCAAUCUACCGUAUAUUGUCGACCGUACUUGGAUGUUUUGCUGCCAUGACGAUUUACAUGUUAUUCCCAAACAACAUGUAUGUGCUGCCAGUAUUGACGUGGCUCUUUUCAAUCCCGAACUUUUGGAUGAUCUUGCAUCACAAACAUGGCAAAUUCGGCCAAUUUACGUUACUCGCCUACAACUUGGUGGUGCUCAACAAGUAUAACGAUCGUGAUACGAACCAUGUUGAGGUAUGGUUGCUUGCUUUCCAACGCUGUGUCGCCAUUUUGGUGGGUGUCGUAUUUGGAUUGGUGGCGACUGUAUAUGUAUGGCCAUAUGAAGCACGUGUUGAGCUACGCAAAGGACUCUCUGAUUUCUUGUUGCGAAUGGCAAGGCUGUAUCAAAAGCUAGUAUCCGUUUACUCUGGACGAUCAUUAGCCACUUCAAUGGAAACUUCACUCAUGAUCAAGAACAACUGCCAUGGUGAUGGUGAUGGUGAUGAUCCUUCGACAUCACAACGUGCUGUUGCAAAACGUGCCUUUAUGGAUAUGGAGCUUGAUUUACAACGUACACUAUUGGAGCUUCAAGCAUUGUUGGCUCAAACACCCAAUGAACCACGUUUGAAGGGUGCUUUCCCGGUCGACACUUAUAAAUCCAUGCUCAACUCCUGCCAGAACAUUGUCGACAAAUUUUGCUCUAUGCGUACCGUUGUUUUCAAAGACGCUUGGUUUCAAGACGUUCAACGUGAUUUCAUCAUGCCUGUUAGCAAAGAGCGUCGUGAAAUGGUUGGCAACAUACUACUUUAUUUUUAUCUACUCGCAUCCGCUCUACGUUUGAAGACACCUUUACCGCCUUAUUUCCCACCAGCAAGAAAUGCAUGGCAAUCCUUGAUCAUUCAUCUUAAAGAGCUGCCUGGGACUCAAUCAAGAAUGGCCAUGUUGGAGAAAGAGCAUGUAUACGUAUUGUAUUCUUCUUACGUGAUCAUGAUGGAAGAUGUCAUACGCGAGCUUGAUAAGCUCGGAGAAUGCAUGACAAAGUUAUUUGGGGAGCUGAUCCCAACUUAUGAAUGGGAUAGUCUAUUUAUGGGGUUCGACGUUGAACAGCAGCAACAACCAACAUUAUCAUCUGCAAAGUAG